AAAAGUAGGGGUGAAGACAUGAUGCCACCAGAGAUUAACUAGGCAUGGGGAAGAGUGUAGGUUCACUCUUACUAUCUGUCUUUGUUUUGGUCAACCUCUCUACAGAAACUGGUGGCUCUGCACAUAGGCCUAUUCUAAGUGGGCCUAACUUGGCCUAUGUGAACACUAAAGUAGAGUUCCAGUGUGAGAUGCCAGGCUUGUCCAUACCUGUGUCCUUCAAACUUUUUCGGAACAAUGAGGACCUGGUCGCCACACGGAAUUCCACCAAAGGUCGAUCUGCUUCUUUCCAACUACAGGUCAAGGAAGGCUUGGAAGGACGGUAUUACUGCAGAGUGACAGCUGGGGGACAGACCGGCAUCAGCAACAUGGUGCACUUACAAGUAGUGAUCCCCGUCUCAGGUGUCAGCUUGCUGUCUGACCCAAACCCACCAAUCAUCUAUGAAGGGACAAGUUUUACACUGUAUUGUGAGGCCAAAAGGGGGACUCGCCUCUUCUAUACCUGGUAUCACAACAAGCAGAAUGUGACCGCGUCGUUCCACUUAUACCACUUCGCCGGGAACUCACUCAUCGUGAGAGGAGCCACAGAAAAGCAUGCUGGGAAGUAUUCUUGUUUGGCUGGAAACAAGAUGGAGGUUAAUGCCAGGUUCUCCGGCAGUAAUGACAUGGACAUCGUUGUCAAAACUUACCUCUCAGUACCAAAAGUGUCCUUCACACUUUUCAAAGAGGGUUCGGAUUUCCGUGCCAACGUGAGUUGCUGGUCGACGCGAGGCAGUCCACCGGUGACGUUCACACUGCUUUUGGAGGGAAGAGAGGUGGACAACCAUACAUCAAACUCACUGGAGGCCUGGUUCUCAGUGCCUGUCACUGUGGGGAUGGAUAUGGGCGUAUUGCAGUGCAGGGCACAAACUGACUCCCACCAGGUACUCAGUGACCCAGUCGACCUGGAAGUUGCUCCCGUGGGAGGUCAGGUGAGCGUACAGGUACAGUAUCUGUACACGGCCGACUCCAGAUUAGCAACUGUCCAGCUGCAGUGUGUGCUCACUAGAGGAACCUUACCCGCAUUCUCCUGGUCAUACAACCGCUCGCCUCUCCCAAAAGAGCGCCACCCCUCUUCCGUCAUCCAGCAUGGUCCUUUCCUGUUUCUCACAGACAUCACCCCAGAGAACUCUGGGUAUUACCGCUGUAUGGCAAGGGACAGCUUUGAUGCCAACUCAUCAUGGGUGGAGAGUGAGGAGGCCUUAAUAAAAGUGGCAGAACUGGGUGUGGCAUCCAUUGAGAUUAUCGCUGUGGGGUUCUGCUGCCUCCUGCUGCUGGUCUUGGUGGGGAGCGUGUUGUUUAUGUUCUGCACAUUCAGCCGUGAGAAAAAGAAUUUGGACGAUGCGACGCAAACCCACGUGGAGGAGCUACACCAAUCUGACUCUAGUGGUGAGUUACAGGUCCCAGUUGUAGAGACAGAAGUUGUGGAAAUUUGUGUCUAAACAAAGUUGCAGUGUUGGCAUAACCUGAUGAAACCCACGAAAUGAUGGACAGAUCCGAGUGCAUUCCUGAGAAUAAUCUGGAGUUUUUGAAAAAUAUGUCCCACGUAGACUUUAACUGCAUUUGAACUCAUGAUGAAUUGAUCAAGACAUUAAUAUAUUCCCCUGUUUUUCAUCCAUUUAUUGUACACAGUAUAUUUCAGUGUGAAACACCUUUACUUUUAAAUGUGUUCUUGUUGGAAUUUAUUCUUCAUAAUAAAAUAAAAGC